CGGGCAUGGUGGAGAGAGGAAGAGGGACUAUUAUCUUCACUGGUUGCUCUGCUUCACUCACCGGCAUUGCUGGAUUUUCCGAAUUAUGUUGUGGGAAAUUUGCACUGAGAGGAUUAUCGCAGUGUCUGGCGAGAGAGUUCCAACCUCAGGGGAUACACGUGGCGCACGUCGUCAUCGACGGCAUCGUUGGCUCGCCCAGGGGAGCAUCAGUGGCAGCAUGGCAACAACAGGGAGGGGAUGAUUUGUCAAUGGACCCAGAAGCUCUGGCCAACACCUACUGGCACUUGCACAUUCAACACCGAUCUGCAUGGACCCAAGAGUUGAAUAUUCGUCCUUCCAACCCAACCCUCCCCCCUCCCUCCUAUACAUCUCAACUCUCCUCUUCUUCUGUACAACAAAUUCAUCCAACACCAAGCCAUGACAAUUGAUCAAAUUAUUGUUUUGAACUAUUCCCAAUCAUCAUAAAGGAUCGCAAUGUGUGUGUGUUCGUUCAUUGGGGAGGAGGACAUGGUCCGGUUUUGGUACCGUUCUAGUAUUGGAUCGUUGGUUUCGAAUAAUCAAGAUUCUUAUUCAGUAUCCAAAACUUCUGGUUCUGGCUCGGGUUCUUAACAACGACGAUAAUUCUAAUUUUGGAAGGUCCCCAAGUCCUUCACUUGGUUGCAAGGUUCCGGUCCUGUGUGGUUCUGAUUUUGAUUAAGAAACAUAUCAACCCCCACUGUUUCUUGCCUUCUUGCUUGCGGUAAAUACUCAUGUUGGAUUAUCCGAAUGGAUCAAUGAUGUGAAAUGAUAAAAAAGGAAAUAAUUUAGCGCCAAAACUGAGGUGUCAUGGAAUGCUCCUGCCAAUUCAUAUCUAUACUCAAUUCAUAUAUGUGUUGUUGGUCGUCAUUGUUUUCACAAACUUAAAUUUGAGAUUUUGAGUCAUUUUAUGUUAUACUUUGAGGCAUUAUCAGAUUAGUGCAAAUUCUUUAGAAUUGAUACAAAUAUUUUUGAAUAAUGCACCAAGUUGGGAUCGACUUGUUUUAUGAAAUACGGAGUACAUCUGUCUUCAGAACAUACUUCGAAUGAUUUAUAGUAAUAGCAUGUUUAAAUGAAAAUAG